AUGCUUGCAAUCCCUGACAUCUUCAAACAUGUAAGUACAUGUGAAUGGACGUUUAGUUUCACAGCGGUAAUUUCAUUAGUGGUCGCUGAGGUGUCAGAAGAGGGCCGAGGGAGGAAGAAUGAGACUUCGUUUACCUUCAGAAAAGAGCAAAUGCCACUGGUUAUUGUGUGCGGGAAACCAUGUUCUGCAAAGAGUACACUUACUGAAUGCUUCCGUAAAUUCAUUGUAACAAAGUGUCAGCAAGCUGAAGUGGUAUCCGAUAAUAUAAAUACCUCAUUUACAAGGUCGAUAUACAAAGAUCCCCGCAAGGAACUAGAACAUCGUGUAUUAUUAAAAUCAGAGGUGCAACGCUUGCUUUCAGAAGAUUGUUUGGUUAUUUGCGAUUCGUUAAAUUACAUCAAAGGUUUCAGAUAUGAGUUGUUUUGUAUAGCAAAAUUGAUGCAGACAACAUACUGUGUUCUGUACUGUCAUGCUAGUGAGGAUAUAUGCUUACAGCUUAAUCUAGAGAAAAAAAAGACUGAAAGAUAUAAAGCAGGUGAUAUAACUGCAUUGAUGAUGCGUUUUGAAGAGCCUACUGCAACAAAUCGGUGGGAUUCUCCGCUUUUUAAGGUUGAAGUGGAGAUUGAGCGUGAAAACCAUCGAAGAUAUAAUUCGAGUUUCGAACAUUGCUUUCAUUUUCUUGGAUUAAAUGAAAAUAAAUUACCUCUGGAAGAUAUGUAUCUUUGGCUCUUCGAGGGUAGGAGGUUGUCUGCUAAUGAAAGUACUGAAACUGAAUCACUUAUGCCGGCAGAUUUUCUACAUGCUCUUGAUCAUAUAACUAAGGAAGUUAUAACUAGUGUUGUACAACAACAGCGAACUGCCUUGCCAGGCGAUACCUUUAUUAUACCGAACUGUACUUCAGGCGACGACAAGGGACUUGCGUCAGAAGACGAUUGGGAACAUUGA